AACUUUGACAGCGAUUUCGAAAGGAUGUAUCGAUGUAAAUUGUUUUCAUGGAUUAUCGGUCCGUAACAAGUGUCUUAAGUUGGUGUGUGGCCUUGACUGGUUUAUAUUCCUUGCCUUGUGUUUAAUCGCCGUUGACGGGAUUAAAGUGGAACUAAUAAGACGAGUAAUAGUGAUGACAGUUUGUUUAAAAUUCAUCUGAAAGAAGUUACCAUUUCCAGAAGACAUGAAUCAAUAUAUGCUGAUCAAACGAAUUGCGAUAUAUUUUGUAUCUUCUGAAACACUGUAAAAAAGAAGACAAAAAUUAAUUUCAAUUUGGAAAAUGGAUAAGAAAUUCCUUAGUUUCUUACUUUUGUAGUUAAUUGCGCAUUCUAUCUAGAAGAUGUUGAGCAUGAUGUUUCAUGUCAGUAUUUCUAACAUGAGGGUUUAAUCAUAAAUAGUUUAUCACCCUAUCUCAUGGAUAAAACAAGUCAAUGCUGUUCCACAAAUGUUGCCAAUUCUUGAUGAGAAUGAUGAGUCCCCCAGCUGUGGGACUCAUCCUGAUCUUUCUCAUCGGGGGACUAUCAGAAAUCAUUCCUACUCAACCACCUUAUCACUUCACUCGUCGUUCCAAACUGAUAUCUGCAAUCACACCAACCUCAUUACCACAUUCAUCACCUCGAACUCACUUCAACAACGAACAACCUCGUUCGUUGAAACUAAAGCCAUCACUCGAUAUCAUACUUGCAGCACGAACCACUUAUAAAGAACAUGGCAUCAAUAACAAAACUGAUGAUCCUGCUCCACGAAAGAAUGUUCUUCUGUUUGGGAAUAGAAGUCCAAAAUUGUCGAGACGUCUCGGUAAAGAAUCUGUCAAGGAUGUAAAAGAACCAUGGAUGAUACCACCUAAAGAGAGGCAAUUAAGUAAGAUUCUAAUAAACCGUAAAGGAAUACGUAAAUUUACCACAACAGUCCGUAGCAACUUAAAUCCAAGGACUGUAUCUAGUCUCGAAUAUUUAUUGAACUCUUUGUUGAGAAAUAAAAGUUAUCGUAUUACUUUAAGUGUCGAUGGCUCUAAAAAAGAUAAUUAUUUCGUAAAACUCUUCGAAAAUUUGCCAAAUUCCAAUAGCUCAAACUCGACAAUUGAUAAUUCAACAAAGAGCAAACCCGUCAGUGUUCUUAAGUUAGAGAAUGGAACAAAACUUCAAAAACCGAGUACGAAUUUCUCCAGAAAAUCUUUUAUUACGAACAUGCAUGUUCUGGACUUGACAAGAAAGCCAAAACUUAAAACACAGAACAACACUAACUUGUUAAUUGUGACUAUUAAAGAACGGAGUACUACACCGAGUUCUAAAAUAGAACCGAAAUAUGUAAUCGCCACAUCUUCCCCUAUCACUGUGGAUUCAGAUUUCACCUCAUCAACUCGUCCAUCCAUUCUUGAAAGUCAGACACGGAAGUCUCGAAGAUCUGGUAGGAACUUUCCCAUUGCAGGUGAUUCUAAACUUGAAGAAAAGAAAGACAGAAACCAUACAGGUGGUAUCGAAACUCUUUUUCCCAACAGGACGGUUCUGACUAGUUUGACUGAUAAAGCAAAAGCAUUUAACGAUUUGUUUAAUUAUACCUUCCAGAUUUCAGCUCUGGAGAGGGGGUCUUUGUUUCCCCAUGAUCCGUUUCAAGAUACAGAUAAGGAAUUUGGUAAAAGAAGUUCUUUCAUAUCGCCUUACAUCAUUCCAGACCUGGAUAAACUAGCUUCUUCAGUAGUCGAAUCUAACACAAAAAAUACUUCAGUUUAUAACUCUCUUCGGCCACGUCUCAGAACAACUAAAUCAUCUCUUUAUAGAACCACUUAUGGGCAAAGAACUUACUCGGCACCUGCUUCAUCGAAGCAAAAUCAAAGAAAUGGAACGACCCCAAGAUCAAGAAUAAAGGUUAAGAUGCUUCUAAGCGAAACUCGACCGGAGCCAACAUCGAUAGAAAUCGAUAAGAAUGCAACAAUUGCUUUAUUAAAUAACACCAACAACACUAAAGAUUCUUCAGCUUUCUUACCGAAACGUAGUGAUUCGAUUUUCCCUCGUAUAUUUGAGAGAAAACAUCGAAAUAAUACCAGGAUUACACCAACGAGAUCACCAUUAGGAAGAAAAACUUCAAAUUCAACUGAGGCCAGUGAGGACAUACAUCUUCGAGAGACUGUGCGUGAAAAAAAUAACACAGAACAGCUCACUAAACAGUACACAUAUUCAAUAGGAAGAAGCCGACAAUUCAGGCCUUUUGCGAAUAGAUCUACUGUGAUGCCAAAACUUCAGUCAAAUAUUAGCGAGAGUACAUCAUUUGAAAUAAAUGAAGUUAUAACUUCUCCUACUAUUAUUUCAGAAACUCUAUUGAGAAAAAUAAGUGAAAAUCUGGAAAAGAUCAAUGUCACUACUACCACAGAAAAUCCAUCCACUGAUGCCGAAAUUGCUACAGAAACUCUAGAAUUGGACAGUGUUCGCCAGCCUAAAAUGACCGAUAAGGAAAAUCAAGAAAAUAUUGCGGUAAAGAAAUCGAGAAUUGAUCCUAAAUCUUUUUACGAUUACCUAAUGAAAUCAACCAUGGGUCAUUCAUUUUAUAAUUUUACAUUGCCUGAAUAUCGUCCAGGAAGCUUCUUUAGGUAUGACGGAACUUACCCAAGAAAGCCUGUUCUGGACAUGGCAUACACUCGACCACCUCCAUUUUUUAAAGUACGUGUUACAACAAGGCCACCAAUCGUUGAAACAACUAUAGUGCCCACAACGUUUGAAUCAAAGAGAACUUCCAUUCGAGUUUCGAGCACUUUCUAUCCUAAUAGGAUUCAGGACGUCACAAUGCGAUUCGGCAAUGUGAACGAUCCUCCCACUACUCUACCCAGCCCAGUUUCCAAGGAAGGAGAGACUGAUGAAUCUGAAUUUCGAGAUACUGUCGAGCCCGGAUUCACUAUGGAAAAAUUGGCCUACCUCCUUAUAGGCACUUGCUGUGGUCUUAGUAUCCUGUGCUUGUGUGUUGUGGUCAUUGCCAUCAAAUGCAGACGAGCUUUAGUCGAAAAACGUUUGAAGGCUCAGUUCCAGAGACGGUUGUACCAACAUGAGAGAAUGAAAGACUCUCCAUGGCAGCAGCAGAUGUUUGACCACUUCCUUUACUUACAUGGCCAGCCGGAUAACCAAUCCCGGUCCAGUGCCAAUAGCUGCAGCUGCCAGUGUGUUACUUGGUCUCUUGGAGCAAGGAAUCUUGAGGCCUCAAGACCCUUGUGUCCGUCCAACAGUAGAAACAGUCUGUACUUAUGCGGACAGAAGAAACUACCUUUUGGAGCAGCGUCCACUUUACGAUUUGAAUCCAUGCUGAACCGCAAAUCACCAAGCCCCGGGCAGGGUUGUCGAAACGAGUCCCAGAAUUCGGAUUCAUCGAACGAAAAUGACUCUCUAGAGCAGUGUUCGGAGUCGAGGACCAGCACUGGAUCCAGGCAUUGCACUUGCAUCAAUUACACCAUGUGGCCCAUGCCUGGAGAUGUGAGGAGAGGGAUGUAUGGACUGUGCCCAACUGCAGGACACUAUGUAGCUGGAGACUGUACCUAUCAUUCGCCGGAGGACAUGGGUGUGAUGCCCAGAAACUGUCCGCCCCCAGUAACCGGUUCAAAUUAUUUAGACCGAUCGGAAGGUGUUGUUUAUUGGUCUUCAAAUGAUGAGAGACUAAUUUGAGCCAAUGUAUAAAUUUUUGCAAUAAA